CGGGGCUCAGCUGCGUUGUUGCUGUGCACCGUUCCCGCGUUGCCGCCUCGCCGCAUUCCCGCUUCUCCUCGUCUCCACUUCGCCACCCGCAGUGGAGCACAAAACAGCUUCGACGUAUAUCCCCCCAAUCGGUGCAUACGUAAAGCUCAGUCCCGCCGACGUGCCCCCCCUUCCAACAUGCUGCUCAUUUUUUUUUUUUUGGAAGCGCUACAACGAGUGAGCAGAUUUUUUUUCCCCCUCCACCUUUGGUAUGGCAUGCCGUUACACGCGCGAUGGUAUAACUUGUGCAGGGGCGGCGACCGGAGAGUUCGUCAAUCUGGCUGCUCCUCAGUCUGGCCGCCCAUCAACCGAGGGCGCCACGAGGGGAGCAUUCCACCGCCUAGCAAAGUGCCUGCACGUGGCUGCUAGAGGUUAAUUUCCCACUGCCGCGUUAGGCGAGUCGCCGCCACGCCACGCCAUACCACUUGGCUUCGUUUCGCUCCACUUGGCUUCACCCCGCCUCGCUCCGCUCCGCUUCGCCGAGAUGAACCCCCCGGACGAGCACGCCAUAACACGCAAAAUCAACCUGCUGCGGAGGCAGCGGCAAGCCGAGCCGCCGCGGCGGGAGCGCAGCUACGAAGACCUGCUGCAAGAAAUGGAGACCUGCGUGCGGAUGCGAAACGGGUACCAAGUCAGCUCCAUCCUGAAGCUGACCCAACUGCCAGUAGACAUCCUCUCAUUUGACGAAACAACAGAAAUAGAGUUGCGCAAAAAAAUAAAAAAAAAAAACGCCCUAAAAAAUUACGAGCAAAUCAUAAUAGACCAUUAUAACAUCAUCAAAACGUUGUGCAACCGAAAUGCAAUCAACUGGGACGUUCUGCUCAACAUAGGAUGUAAAUUCCUAUCCUCCUUCAUCCACCUGUAUAGCGAAAACCUGUGGUUACUACCCUACCUGCUGACCAUCUGCUCGUUCUUAAAUAAUAUAAGCACCCUGGCAGAUUCCUACUAUAACACCAGCAGCAAAAACGACAUCUACAAUGAAGAAAAUGAGGACGUAAAUGAGAAGAAUAAAUACACAAUAGAAGUGCUGAAUUCUAUAAGAGGCAAAAUAGGAAUCGUUAAGGGGGACAUAGAAAAACACGGAGGGUUCAUCAUCCUCAUGUUCCAAUCGAUAAAGCUUUGCAUGAAGCUUAACAAUAUGCAAAUAACCACUAGCUUUUUAAAAAUCAUAAAUUCCACCGAUAUAGAAUACUCCUACAUACCCAAGUCGUUUAUAGUCCUCUUCAAGUACCAACUGGGAAAGUUAUAUUUGCACAAAAUGGAGUACGAAAAAGCAGAAAGGGAGUUCAUUUGGGCGUUUGCCAAUUCGAGGAAGGGAAAAACGGACUUUAAAAAGAAGCUGCUAGAGAGUAUCAUCUCCAUCCGUUUGAAUAAGGGACUCUACCCCCCCAAGAGACUGCUACAGGAUUACGAGCUCACCAUCUACAUUGACAUUAUUCACUCUAUAAAACAGGGUAACAUUUUCCUGUACAAUCGGGUGAUGGGGAGGCACUCCAAGUAUUUCUUCGACAAUGGGCUGAACGAAUGCAUAGACCAGAUUCACUUCGUUGUGAAGCGGAACCUUCUCAAAAUCGCUGUGGACUGGUGGAAUGAGACCAUUAAGGGGAAUCCUAAUAAGCUAUAUAAAGUCCCCAUUUGUAUUUUCCACCAUAUUUUUAACUGGGCCCGAAUUACGCAGCACCACCACCAGCUCGAGACCCUCUGCAUCAUCACGUCGCUCAUCCUGUUCAAGUACAUCAAUGCGUACAUCGCCUACGACAGCAACAUCCUCGUGCUCAGCAAGAACGACCCCUUCCCCUCGCUCUCCAAGUCCCGCCUGGGCGCGCUCGGCGGGGAGCGCUAGCGGUGGGCAGUGAGCGGUGAGCAGUGAGCGGUGAGCAGUGAGCGGUGAGCAGUGAGCGCUGCUCAACUGGUCAUCUUCCCC